AUGGGCGCCGAUCCGUCGGCCGACUCGUUUUGCGCUCUCCGUCUUGCGGUGGCUCGGGACUGGAUCGACUGUGCGGCGCUCAUUCUGGAACAGUUCCACCCCGAUAGUGUCGGGAACGGCCGAUUGCUGGCCGUCGCGGCACAGAGUGGCUCCCUUGCAAUGGUUCAGCUGCUUAUCCAGCGCGGUGCCGAUCCUCGGGCCAACAGCUGCAUUGCCGUUCGGCUCGCGGCGUCCGAGGGAUAUCUGGACAUUGUGCAGUUCUUGGUCGGCAUCGUCGGUCCUGAGGCGGCGCUGGCUCGCAGCGAAUACGCACUCAAGCACGCCACCACCAACGGCCACUGGUCAGUCGUCGAGUAUCUUGUCGGUCUCAAGGAUCUUCUUCGUCGAUCAGCAUGCGAAUGCUCCCCGCCGACCGAGGCCGUACGCCCGACCAUCGAUGAGACACUUGAGCUCGGGCGCUUGUCAUAG